AUGAGCGACGACGACGAUGCCCCCGAGGCGCUGCUCAGCGACGAGCCCUCCGCGGGCAGCGGCGACGAGGGCCUGGAAGGCCCCGAGGGCGAUGGCAUGGACCUGGACGAGAGGGGGGGGGCGGGGGGCCGCUACGUCGACUCUAGCGACGAGGAGGACGGGGAGGACGUCGAGGAGUACGAAGACGACGGGUUCGUCGUCGCCAGCGAGGAGGAGGAGGAGGAGGAAGACGAGGAGGACGAGGAUGAGGGCGGCAGGGAGCGCCACAGAGGGAGACGCCGCAAGAAGCGGCGGCGCAGCGACGCCGCGUUCCACCUGGAUGAUGAGGACUACAAGCUGCUGGAGGAGGGCGGCGUCACGGGGGUGAGGCGACCGCAGAAGGGGGGCCGCAAGCGGCUGAAGAAGCUGGGGGACGUGGACCACGUGGACCACCCACGCGACGCCACGCAGCUGAGGGAGGAGCUGUUCGGCGACGGGGAAGGCUUGGAGGACGAGCUUGAUGAUCAGGGUGAAGAGGAGGAUAUGGGCCCACAGGGCAGCAUACAGGAGAUGGAUGAAAUGGUUGAUGAAGAUGGGCUGGACGGCUUCAUUGUUCAUGACGAGCAAGGUCAAGGAGAAGGGUCCAGAAGGGGAAGGACAUCCACAAAGGAGUAUCUAGGCGAAUCAAACGAGGCCUUGAGGGACAUCUUUGGGGACACAGAAGACCUGUUGGCUCUGUAUGAGGAGCAGCGAUCGAAGAGGAAGGCUGACGAAAUGCAGCAUGAUGUAGAGACUACGGGCCAAGCCAGCAUCUAUUCUCAGUAUGACCCAGAAAUGAUGGCACGGCAUGGUCUGCUGCCCGAAGAUGAGGAAAUCCGCAGGACGGAUAUUCCUGAGCGGUAUCAGCAGCGCAUGGUGGUGGGGACAGAGUCCAUGAAUUAUGACGCUGCUGCAGAAUGGAUUUAUGAAUGGCUCUUUGGCCUUGAGGCUCAUGUGCGGCUUGAGCGAGAUCUGGUGGAGAAUGGCCGACUGGAAGUGGACGGUCCACUUGCCAAGGGGAUCGAAGAAUAUGAGGGUAAAGAAUUUAAUGAGGUCGUCAGGGGUCACAGAGUCGUUCAACUUGCACGCGACAAGAAUAUGAGGCAGGAGUGGCGUGAGGAUAAGGACAGACAGGACGUGCUGAAGAAAUCGAUCAAGGACGUUCUGGAGCAUAUGUACAAGAAGCAUGAGGAGGUGCCAUACAUCGGUACAUACUGCAAAGAAUUUUGUGGAGAGCUGAUGGCUUUAAGGGCCGAUGAUGUUCCUUCACACACCACACAGGAUGAGUUCAUGCGAGCCAAGGCUGAAGGCAAAAUGUUCUUCCCGCCUGGAAGCAUCCAGGCUAAGCACAUGACGAUGCGACGGUGGGAGCCACUUUGGGCAGUCUAUGAGUGGAGCUUGAAGUGGCGGCGUUUGGAGGGCCGCAAAGAGAAACGCAUUGAAGUGUAUGAACGGGCACAUGGAGCUGCUCCUUCAGCCGCAAGCGAUGCUAUUCGAUGGUGCAUCGAUGCUCUAUCAAUGGCUCAGACCAUGGAGGCCAUUGAUGACAUAGACGAGAAGUUUGAGCUGAUCGUUGGGACGGAUGCCAACCUCCAUGCAGAAUUUGGUCGCACAGGGCAUGGCAAAACUGGAGGAGUCCGACGAAAGCCUCCCAAACUCCAGAAAUACUGCCUGUACUCUAAGGCAGGGCUGUUACUAUUGGUGAACGAACUGGGCCUGGUGCACCGUCUGCUAGGCAAACAGCACGAGCGCCAGAACCAACAGAGGGUGAGGGUGUCUUUGGAUGACUUCUGCAGCACCUUUGUGGAUGAAGCAAGGGGACUCCCGGACAGGGCUGCAGUUCUGCACGCUGCAAAGCACCUUGCAGCAGUGGAGCUGUCGACAGAGCCAGCUGUACGACAGGCACUGAGGAACGAUUUCAUACAGUAUGCAGUGGUGACAACUACUCCCACUGAAGCUGGAGAGAGGGUUUUGGAUCCGUUCCAUGUGUACGGCAGGGUGAAGCACCUGAAGAAUAAACCGCUGCUGAGCUUUGAUGACAGUGACUACUUCCUCAGGAUCUUGUCAGCCACGAAGGAGCAGUUCUUGACAUAUACAAUGGGGGUCCCCAAUGAUGUGUUCGAGGAACACAUCCUGCCAAAAAUGAUGUCUCACUUCAUGGAAGGCGACACUGAAGCACUUGCACCUGGUUGGAAUGAGUAUCGCACAGCGAUUCUACAAGACGUGGCACUGGUGCACCUCUUUCCUGCACUUGCACGAGAGCAAAAGUCCAAGCUUGCAGAAAGUGCAAGUGAGUAUGUGAAACUCAAGUGCGAUGAGGAACUCUGGCGCUAUGCAUCUAUGGCACCAUUCAGGGCGACAGAGGCAGGGGAGGACGGUGAUGAGGAGAUCGUCGAAGCAACGAAUGUCUGUGCCUGUGUUUGGGGGCCUGGUGGUGCUGGUCCAGCGACAGUGCUGGUGAUGCUGGAUGCUCAUGGACAGCUCAAGGACUUGCUGCAAGUGGCCCAGUUUAGUGGAUUCAUACCAUACACCAUGAGUGGCGAAAGUGGCGAAACUCUGAGUGUUUUUGACGACGAACGGAAGUCAAAAGAUGCUGGCCGCAUCCAUGACUUUCUGAUGGAGCACAAGCCACAUGUGAUCGCUGUGGGAGGAGCAAACCUGCACUGCCGGCAGUUGCUGGACGACUUGAAAUCCAUCAGAGACAACUUUUUGUCUGAGCACCCCCGGUUCAUUAUCAGCAUUGCAGGGAACAUGGAGGUCGUGUUUGCCCCAGAGAGGCUGGCACAGCUGUGGGAGAACAGUGAGUCUGCCAGGACAGAGCUUCGUGAACACCCAGGCAUCGUUCGCAGGGCCGUGGCCCUUGGCAGAACACUGUUGGACCCCCUGGCUGUGCUGGCAUGCCUGAGAGAUCAUGGUGACACCAUCCUGUCCUUGCCACUGUAUGACAUGCAGAAAUCCUUGAGUCGAGAAGAGCGGCUGUGGGGAAUCGACCAGGUCAUAAUGACAGCAGUCAACCAGCUGGGUGUGAAUCUGAAUUUGAUUGCAAACAUUGGUUGGCAGUCCUCAACUCUCCAGUUCGUGUCAGGACUGGGCCCAAGGAAAGCCCAGGCAAUCCUGAAUGCCAUUCAGCAGAAUGGCAACAAAGUGGGGUCACGAUGGGAGCUCAUCAACGAGUUGGGAGUUUUGGACAAGAGGGUUGCCAAGAACUGCACAGGAUUUUUGAGGAUCAAUAGUGCUGGAUUGCCAUCUUUGGCAAGCUUGGACUGCGACCCCCUGGACGAUUCCCGCAUUCAUCCAGAGCAUUACAAUCUGGCGAAGCGCAUUGCUGUCAGUGCAGUUGGUGACAGCAUUGAUGAGGAGAUGGCUGUUGGGCGGGCAGUGAAUAACCCAGAGCUUGUGGAGCAGCUGGACCUGCAGGAAUACAACAAAUAUUUGGUGGAGGAAGAGUGCAAAGACGACAGCCUUUCAUUGCUGAUUGACAUCCAGAUGGAGUUGAUAGACCCCUUUCGUGACCGGCGCAAGGGGUAUCAAAUACCCAAGGAGCACGAGGUUUUCUUCAUGCUGGCAAAUGAAUCGCCAGAGGAACUUAAGCCUGGGAAACUGCUGGAGGUGACUGUCCGUUACGUGGACAAUGAUGCUGUGUACUGCAACUUGGAGCAAAGCAGACUGGAGGCAGUGAUAAACAGAGAAAAUGUGAGCAGCAGUGAAGUUACUGAUCACAUGGACCUCAGGGCACGGUGCAAACCAAAAGAUGUCAUCACUGCAAGGUUGCUGGCCAUCAACUUCAAGGACUUCAGGGUGGAGCUGACGUGCCGUUCAGCAGACCUGCAAGAUUAUCAAGCUUGGGAGAGAGAGUAUUGCAUCGACAAAUAUUAUGAGAUAAAGAGUGAGGCAGAUAUCCUGUCAGAGAAAGCCCUAAAGGCCAAGUCCAAAAAGGCACAGAGUUUUGUCUCUCGCCCAAUCAGCCACCCGCUGUUUAAAAAUGUGUCCAUCACGGAAUGCAUGCAAGAGCUCCGGGAACAAGAGGUGGGAGACUGCAUGCUUCGGCCAUGUAGCAGGGGCUUCAACUCCAUCAUGUUGAGUAUGAAGACAUUCCAGGGCAAGUAUGGUGCCAUCUAUGAGCACAGAGAAAUCAUGGAGGGACCCAAGGGCACAGGCCAGGGCACUCACCUGCGCCUGGGCUUGCCCCUGACAAUAAUGGUUCCAGGAGGCAAGAAGCUGAUUUUUGAUGACCUGGAUGAGGUGAUCGCUCAGUAUGUGGAAAAGUACGUGGCCAGAAUUCGAGCAGUCACAUCUCACAGGAAGUUCAGGGAUGAGCACAAGUCAGAGAUUGAUGAGUAUCUCAACGAGGAGAAAUUGCGAAGUGGCUCGCGAAUGGCUGUCUAUGCCUUGGGGAUCGAGUACCACAAGCCAGGAUUCCUGUACAUUGCUUGCAUCUGGUCUGAAAGUGUGCACCAUGAGCACUUUGCUGCGGUGCCAGAUGGGUACUACUUCAGGAGCCAGGUGUACAGGUCUGUUGACAAGAUGCUGGCAGACUUCAAGAAGAAUCCAAACUAUAAACCCAAGGUGGCAAACCUAAGGCAGCAGGAGCCAGAGAUGUCAGUACAGACGUACUCACGAGCCACUUCUGUCCCACGAGCUGGGCUGCCUGCUCACAGUGGUGAGACACAUGCGACGAGACGCACGUAUGAUGCACCUGCAACUCCGUCUUCAAGGCAUUACAGUGGUUCCCAGUACAAUCAGCGCAAUUACAACAAUGGGAAUACCUACAGGGGUGGAGGGUAUGGCACACCUGGCAGGUUUGAAGGCAAUCGCUUUAGCCAAGACUCAAGGGGGAGAGGGCCCCCAAGGAGAGAUGGCGGCAGCAGUACUGGUGGGUACCCCAGGGGCAACAGUUAUGGUGGGGGAUCAGGCGACUGGCACAGUGGAGGCUGGGGUGCAUCGCAAAGCCAAAGGAGGUCAGAUCGGAUUGGCCAACCUUCCCCUGCACGGCCACCUUCAGGUCAGAACGGCCAUUCUCAGUGGCGUGGUGGUGGAUCGCAGCAGGCUGCCAGUGGGAGACCUCAGGUUGCGGAUGACAGCUCAGACGAUUCUGAGCCUCUGCGGUUCGGCAAGCCGCCACCAAAGUCAAGCAGUGCGCCAGACAGUGCAGCACCAGCUGCCGGUACGGGCUCGGCACAUUUCCAUCCUGCUGUGAGGACGAGUUCUGUGUCGUUUCCUGAACGGCCAGGCGGCAGCCAGGGUGGCCCGCUGCAAAGCUUCCCAGCACAGCCAGGCGUGGGGCUGGGGACCCCAUCCUCUAGACGACCAGCUGCGAGCCAGAGUGCUGCUAACUCUGACUCGUCAGACUCUCCAUACCAUUUCUGA